AUGCCAUGGAUACUGGUUGUUGUGCAGCAAGUGCUGCAGUCAAUUGUUAUGCUUGUUUUGAUUAUUUGUGCAGCAUAUCGAAGUUCUUCACCCGUUCAUGCUGUGUGGUUCCCUUCGCUGCUCUUGGUGUUUUCCGUGGUCCUGUCGUACUACUUGCUGAGAGACAGUUCGGUGUUUGAUCGCCCUGGGCGGAUAUAUGUGCGAAGACUCCCUCCAAGUAACCAACUACAGUUUGAGUACCAACAAAGACGAGAGAGACAGGAACAACUGCGGGAGUACGACGAGCAGCUCUUUGGGCGCGCACGUCGCCCAUACACCGACGACCAAAGCUUCACCGCAAUUUGCACUUGCGGUUCAUGUGAUCGGACACUGCGGCCACGCGCGUUCUCGGCACCCGACUUGGACACACUUGGGCUCCUUAACUUGGUGCGGGGCAACAAUUCUGUGGGCGUUCGGCGGAGGGCACCAGGUGAAGGAUUCCGCGGAGACGGACCCGUCGUCAGGAGGCAAGACAGCAUUAGCCAAAGCGUCUUCACCGGCAGCACACGGCGUGGAAGUGUGGCCAGUAGCAGCAGCAGCCUACCGUUGCUGGAAAACUGCUUUGUUGCUCACUCGUGGAUAAAUGCUGUUAUUCGGAAGAAAGAGAGACACUGGGCACGAUUCUGCCAACGGUGGCACUUGCGCCAGGAGCUUCUCCGGCAGCAACUUGAACUCCAGAAACAGCGAGUUUCUCGAGAGCGGUGGGGGACCGAACAAGUGCAACAGUGGCAGCAGCAGCAGCAACAGCAGCGGCAACAGCAGCAGCAACAGCUCCAAGAACAACAGCUGCGACAACUUCAACAGCAACAGCAACAGCAACAGCAGCAAGGACUACAGCAACAACCAAGCCAACAGCAGCAGCAGCAAUUUCACCGGCAGCAGCAAGGACACAGCUACAUAUUGGAGGUCGACGGUUACCGGCCAGAGAACCCCGGAGGACGGACAGAGCCGCGGAACGGCAAUGCGCGAAGCGAUGGUCACAUGCGCGGGUUUGAAGGAGCAGUAUGA